GUCCAUAGUUAUUAUGGUACGAAUGGUGGAAAGCAAAAUAAUAAUAUAUGACUUGGCCAAACUAAUUACCCAUUAGAACCUUAUAUAAAUAAUAUAGAUUAUACAAUAGUAUGAAAUUGGAAUUAUUGUAAAUCUGUUUGAGUAGAGCUCUUUGAAAUCCAAUCCAUGUUAUUUUGUAAUUAAAAAAAAAACCAUCAGUACAUAGCCAAGAUGACACAGAACAACCAUAGGAGUAAAAACUCUAUUGUUGCUGCCUUAAAGCAGUGGCAUAUUGACAUGGCCAGGUUUCAUUUACCAUGAGCCACAAUACACAGCAGACGUCCCAAACAAGUCAUCAAGGCAAGAUACAUGCAGACAAUCCUGAGCUUCUAAAGCUCAUCACUGACAAUAAAUUAAACUCACAUCAAAAUAAGGUUACUCCACGCAAACUUGGCUCUUCGAAAGAAAAGUCAAAGAAGGUUGAAGGCAGUGAGCUCUUAAAAUCAGGAGGUGAUGAAACACUUGAGAAAAAAGUAAACAAAGCAUCCAAUCAGAUCAAUUCUGCUAAUUUUGUGGGGCUCUCUGAUGGUGGAGAUACAAAUAUUAAAUCUGUAAGGAAUAACAAAAAAGAAAAUUAUAGUAGAAAGCAGGCACCCGCUCAAGUUAAUAAAAAAGAUAAACAGGAGAAUAACACAGAAAAAACUUCUAAGCCAGAAUCCUUUGAAAACAAUAACACAGAAGGUUACAAGGAUAAAAAUUUAAGAAACAAAAAUUUAAAUUCUCUCUCAGAGAAGAAACAAAUUGUUAAAGCUGAUGAAGAACCAGACCAAUAUUAUUUGUCUGAUAUCAACGAGUCUGAUCGAGAAACUCUAGGCUCGGCAAGCUCAGAACUCGCUUUGUUACGCAGUCCGUCCCGGGGGUCGUUAAACGCAGGGUUUGAGAGUAGCCCAGUCGCAACAUCACCUGUCAGGUACCCGACACCAGAUGGCGACUCCUCUGACACGGAUACUGUAGUGGAUGAGCCUGUAGCACAUCCAUCUCCACCUGUUACUAAUCCUUAUUCUAAUCCACAAAAUUCUGAAUCACCCAAAUCAAAAGUAGGUAAUUCAGGACAAAAUUCUGAUAAAGAUUUCUAUGAGGCUCACCAAGCAGGAAGCUCUCAAGAUUCCCCUGUUAAAGCUCCUUCCCCACCCUCCCCAGUAGCUGUAGACGCCAAUCUUCUGAAAAAUAAAACAAACCCAAUUCACAGUCAGUCCCCAAGGGGAACAUCUCCCAGAACAUCAGCUCCUGCAGUCAAGCUUACACCCACAACCAACUUAUCAACAUCUUUAACACACGCCCUCCUCCACCACCCUGAUCCUCUGCCUCAACAAAGUAGUUCCUACCCGUAUUCAUCACACAGACUCAAAUCUAUCGGCACCGCUGCUAAGCGUGCUGAUGAAUCUGUUGAUUUCCAGACUGACAGUCUUGAAUUUGAAAGAGACAGUCUUGAAAUUAAACCAGAGACAGACUUGAAUGAAGGGAACAACAGAGAAAAAGGGGUAGAAGAAUCAAGGACUGAUUGGAAUCUUCAGGAAAAUAUUCUUGAUGAUUCCAAAACACCAGCCGACUCACUUGAAGAGCAUGGAGAUUCUGAUUCCAAGGUCAAGGUUAACGAAGCUGAUGUAACCUCAAAUCAAAGAAACAAUUUUAUUGGAUUUUCACCCCAUUCAAGGGGAAACCAUCAUAGUCCUGAGUUUCCUUUGCAGGGAGAGAACUCCGAUCACCUCAGUGAUUUGUCUGUGAGCAAGCAAGAGAACUAUUUGUUUGGUCCAGCCUUUGAUCAAGCCUUGCCUGUCUUCCAGAACCAGAACAGCAACAGCCACUUGUACCAACCAACCUCUGGGCUCUCAGCUAAAAGUGCUUUGGUCAACCCAUCUUCUCCGGUCAACCCAUCUUCUCCGUCCAACCCACCCAAGUUAACAGAGCAACCGGCUCAAAAAGCCAUUUUUGUUCUCAAAACCGGUAAUUCCAGGCAGUCGUCUGUUCUUGGCACCGGCCGAUCUUCAGAGUCUCAACCACCAGGUCCAGAAAACCCAUCAGCUACGGCGUCCAUGCCAGGUAUUCCCAUUAGAAAAGCUUCUUCCUCUCACAGAGUCUACGCGACAUCCCCAACUUUUUCUGAAGAAGAGUUCCGGCUUGUGAAUAGCCGUUUGGAGGGGGUGGAGGGGGAGAAGCUAGACACCUACAGAGAGCUGGACAUGGCUGCCAUCAAGAGGCAAGAAAACCACGCCCUGAUUGGCGGUCCGAAAAAUGUGACGUACGGCGGGGUCGGAAGGUACGAGAGUAGAGAGGAUACGGUUGGUUACGGGAGGAGUGAGGACAACGAAUGGGGGCCGUCAAAUAACAUUCCGUCUAACCCGUACGGAUUAAAAAUGGCUGAAGUUGAAGACAGGAGAGACUCAUUGAGAAUGCCCGGGUCUCCCCCAUCUCUGAACACAUACGGGGGCGACUCUCCGAUCCACCAACAACCCAGCACUCACAACACACCUCACCAGGGAAGGAUUAUCAUAAACAACCCUCAUCACUUACAAGAUUCCGGACCCCAGCGAAACCCGUCAUCCGUAAACCACCCACAGCAACCCGUACCGUCACAGAAUCAACUGCAGCCACCACAAGGGGUCACCCGGGUCAGGGGGAUAUCUCUGCCUACAGGACCAUCGUAUGACCCAGCGGAUGAAGAGGACCUGCUGAGAGAGAAGUCCUACCAGCACGGGUUACGCAUGCGUAUCGAUGACGGCAUUAAGAAGGUGGAGAAAGUGGAGGUACCCAAACUUCCACUACACCAAGGUCAGUACGACUCGCAGGAUUACGUCCAAGACUCGUUAGACUAUGGAUCCGUUGACGAAACAGCCAGGGCUUUUGUUGAGGCCUUCCAGCCAGAACCAAUGGACACUACAGACAGACACCAGCCCCAGGAACAGUUCCGGAACCCGCCGCCACUACCCAAAGACUUAUCCGGAUACAGACAGCAGUUUAAUAACGGACAUUUGAGUAACGUAAACUUCGACAGUGAAGACUACACGGAGUAUGAAGACGUCAGGAACCAUCAUCUCAAUCCGAAAGUCCAGCAGCGGUUUUAUAACCCGCAGUACGACAACCAACCGGGCGCUAGUACGGUUAAUAGUGGACGUUAUGUCGAAAUGGAGGACAGCACCAGCCGUAGUGACAUGAGCAGCUUGCCACCACAGAAACAGCCGGUGAGGAGUAAACCUCCCCAACCCCCCAUGGAGGCUGUUCAUCCUACCCCACCCAAGUACGACUAUGUGAACAACAACAAGGAAGAUCUAGGCAAGCCUCCACCAAAGAGCUACAAGCACAUUCACGAAGUGACCAAAGAAGAGAAGGAGAAGCUAAAUGAGAUUUUUAUCCACCCCAAGCCUAAGCCGAAGGCAGGGAUUCUCAAGAAGAAAGGCCAGGAUAGCCACAGAGGUCCCCAGCCGAAUGAGGUUGAGCAGUAUGAUGAUGAGAAUGAUGAGAAGCUAAGCACUGCAGAACAGGUUUGGGCACAAAGAUCAGCAACUCUAGCCAAAAAAUUUGAUGGUAAAAACAGAGGUAGAGGCAGGGGUAGAGGUGGCUCUAGCAAGCUACAGAAAUAUAGCAGUGAUUCCUCUUUAUAUCAGCCAAGAUCCAGUUCACAACAAACAUUACCUCCUGACAGAAGAGCUUUCCUCACUGAGAUGCCUACACCUCCAAGCAAUCAGAGCCCAUUUCACACCCAGGUAUCAGUCCCUGUAUCGCCGCGACAUACGGAUAUCCAGAUUCUCCCAGUGUCCUCUCAUGUGGUACUAGAAGAUGGACAGCGGAUUAGUGUGGAUGUGAACUUGAAGCUUAUCUCCCCCACCCACCAGUACCAGCCCCACGGCUACCAGGAGCCUGCCCCCCAUGGCUACCCACCACACUAUGGUGGGGGUCAAGGUCGACAGUACCCGGCAGUCAAGCACUACGACGAGGACAUCUCAGGCAACAAUGUUAGGGCUCUGGAGUAUCACCACCCAGACUACAAUGCCGAGGACCUGAAGUACGUGUCCCCAAGAGAACGUUACUCUGCGGAUGAAGCCUUACGGAUGAUGAGUGAAUCACGUACAGACAUCAACCCGUAUGGGAAGAUUCCUCCCAUAGUGAAGAGCUCUGAGGGCAUUCACCCAUCAUCCGCCCCUUUACCUGACCAGGCAGGGAGUUACAUAGACAUGUACAGAAAACAAAAAGAAAAAGACAACGAAAAGCCGUGGUAUAAAGUCUACGGCUUGAAGGAUUAUCGCAAAAUGCAGAAGGAAGUUCGCCUGGGCACCCUAGGGCCAGAUCUAGAGAGUGAUGCACUCAAGGAGAGGAGAGAGAAAUUCCAGAGACAAAAUGAAUACGCCAAGCAGGUGAUGGAGAAAAACAGAUCAGAAUUCUCUCACAAGAAACCUCCAGCCUUUCCUCGGCCUAAGGAGGAUAAUGAUAUUCUCAAUAGGAGGAAGCUGGCUGUGGAGUAUGCGAAGUCUGUGCCUAAACCCACGGUGAAGCCCCAGCCUAGUGAAUACAACAACUACGAGCUGGCGUCCGAGAGAUCACCCAUAGCUAAACACCACAGGAAGGUGGACGAGAACAUGACCCCCGGGCUCAAAAACACCACCCCCAGCCCACGCCAGCCCACAAAGCAGAAAGAAAUGGACGUGCUGGACAUUGAGAAACUGCGCCAGCGUUACGAGGAGGACAAGCAAAAUGAGGCUUUGAUAAGGAGAAACACCACAGCCAGUUUGCCAAAGGGAGAGAAAUACUAUUGAGUUAAGCUAGGUCGUGGAGUAGUGGGUCAUGGAUUGCUUUAAAAAUAGCUCAAGGACAGUAACUAGAAUGUCAAAAGUUUGACAAAGUUGCUCUGCCUUAUUUUUGUGUUACUUUGCUUUACUCUAGGUUUGUUUCACAAAAUAAUUUUUCUUGAUUCAUGUUUUAGUUUUUAAAAAAACAUUUUUAGUUUUUUUUUUUUUUUUUAAUUUAGACAAAUUGCACAAUCAGCUUUUUAAAAUCAAAUUAUUAAUAAUUUUUUUUGUAAUAGUUUAUUUUUAUUAGAAAUCAAUUUUUAAAAAUUCUGUUUAGAAAUAUUUUAGAAACAUUUUUAGAAAAACAUUUCAUUUUUACAAAUAUGUAUGCAUGUUCUGUAUAUACAAGCUAUUUUACAUUUUUAGUCAUUUAUGUUUUUAUUAUGACUGGCUGUGGAUGUUUUCUUGAAUGCUGUUUGCCUGUUUUGUUAUACGUAUAUAAAUGACAUAUCAUAUACAUAGAGCUAUAUACACCAGGAGUAAUAAUUUUAAAAUAAUUUAAUCUUGAUAUUGAGUGGCUUACUUUCCUGUGGGAACUUAAAUUGGUUUUUUUGUGGGUACCUGUAGAGUGGGUAUGUGUAGUGGGUACAUGAAGUGGGUUUCUGUUGUGGGUACCUGGCUAUCUGUGUGAUGUGUUUCUCUGUAGUGAAUUACUGUAGAAUGGGUGCCUGUAUAUACCUACCAUUUCUGUAUUCUGACUAUAAAUAUUUGUUAUCAAUUACUAUUUCAGUUUUGAGUCCAGAAAUAGAACUCAAAUCAUUCGGUUUACUCUACCUCUGAACCACGCCAUCCCAGAACAUAUAAAUAAAAACAUUCCAUUCCAUCUGACUAAAAUACAAAAGAUAAUAAUUGUAAUGUAGAAAAGAGAAUCCAUUGAAUAUAUACAUGCAUUACGUAACAUGCUUUUACCAUAAAAAAAAUAAUUCUUAUUUUGAAAUCUGGUCUAUUAAACUUCAUUUAUUAGCCAAAAAAAAAAACGACCUUUUUUAUAAUAUAAGGUAGACCACUAAAACGAAACAUAAUUAUUGUGUAAAAAAUUACAAUAAACUUUGAAUAAAAAAAUUUACAAAUUUAAAAACCUUGUCAUUUCUCAGAAAUCUUCUUUCUAAACAAAUUUUAUUACUUUUUAUUAAAGAAAAAUAUUUUAUUUGCAUUUUGGGAAAUGUUUAAAUGAUAAUUCUCAUCUAUGUGACUAAAUGACUUUCUAAGACUUGGUGUAAAUUUUACAAGGGUAAAUUACAAUUGUUCUUUACAUUCAAAUGUUACCAUAUUCUUAUAAAUUAC